GGGGACCUCUCCAACGAACUACCAUCUCAAGCAGCGUGCAGCAGAAAGCAGCCUCAUCAGUGACGCCUAGGAAUAAAAAUCUUUGGUGUAGAAGGUCCCAGGCAUUGGGAAUAAACUUCUAAUUGCCUAUUUUUAUUUCUUACUUUGUUUUGACCUCUGCAAUGGGCCUGAGAGAGUACAGUUUGUCUUGAUGAUGUGAGCACACGCACAUGGUGAGAUCCUGAAAUUAACCCCAAUCAGGGGCUUGGAGCCCGAACUUUACACAGGAACAAUGCGUCUCCGCUGGGUUGUGUUUGGCACGGCGCUCUCUCUUCUGGCUCUCUGCUCCUCUCCAGACAGCUGCAUGAUCCAUGAGAUCAGCUCACAGAACGUAUCCCCAGUGCUGGCGUCCUUGAAGUGCCACAACAACUAUCAGUCCUAUGUCCACUGCAGCUGGAGGGAGGGACCACACACACACGCACACACACCACUGGAGCUUUGGGUCUUGGACGACAGCAACAACAGUGUGUCAAGGUGCAUGCCCUUUGGCUCACCGGUCCAACACGCAGACCAACACAGGACAGUCCAGUGCAGAUAUGAAACUGAAAUGUUUGUUAUUGGCGUAAGCCACACCUUCUUCUUCAAGUCUGGGACUCUGCCUUCCUGUUCAUCUGGCCCACACAAGCCUCUGGAGCUCUCUCAGUACUUGAGAGCGCGGCCACCACAGAAACUGUCUGCACACGCUGCAGAUGGAGAAGGCUGGGUGCUCCAGUGGUCCAGCCCCUACCCCUCCUCUUCCUCCCUGAGCCAACACCUCACCUAUCAGCUCAGUUACAGGAGAGAGAGACAGGACAACUGGAUCACGGCGAAUUUGACAAGCACCCAAAUGACAAUAGAGUCGGAGGCUUUGUCUCCGGGUUGCAGGUAUGAAGCCAGAGUGAGAGCCCGGGGGAAGGUGGGACAGUGGAGUGACUGGAGUCCUCUGGUGACUUGGCAGACUGCACAAUCCCUCGAGGAGAAUCCGAGGCUGCAGUGUGUGCUGGAUGGAGAGAAGGAGGUGACGUGUAGCUGGGAGGUGAGGAGAGAUCUAGCUCAUUUCAUUACCUACCAGCUGGCCUACCGACACAACCACAGUGCACCGUCUGAGAUCCGCUGUGCUAACUCCACAGUCAGUGCUGACAGCAGAGAGACGAUGCUGCGGUACAGUUGCUCUCUGACAGUCCCAGAUCCUGCACAUGUACUGCUGGAGCUCCAACCAACACGCAAAGCAAAAACCUUCAGGCCCUACCAACACAUUCAUCCCGACUGCCCUCACCAAGUCAAUGUGACAGAGAAACAAAGGAACUGGAUGGUGGAAUGGGCUGAACCCGACAAGGCCCCACUAGUCAGCUUGUGCUAUCAGGUCCGAUACUACAACACAGAGAAGCAGGAAAAUGCUACCCUCAAGACUGUCCCACAGGGAUCCAAGUCCCUUACCGUCCUUGGAGAGUCUCUUGCCCCCUCCCAGCGUUACCAGGUCCAGGUCAGGUCUCUGGUCUGCUCUGGAGAUGAUUAUGAAGGGCCACCCUCUGAAUGGACUGAACCUGUAGAGUGGAACUCACACGCAGUGUCCAAGUCCUUCACGCAUUUCCUCUACAUCUUAAUCAGUGCAGUAGUGGCCAUAAGCUUCCUCAUUCUCUUCUUCAGCAUUACAGCUUGUAAAAGAAAGGCAGAUCUGUGGGAGGAGUCGGUUCCCUCUCCAGACAAGAGCAAAGUCCUUUCUGACAUCAAGGCUGCCAAGAGCUGGAAUCUCAUGCAGAGUGAGAACACUUACAUCUGCAAAGGGCAAAACUUAACCAUCUGGUCCUCAGAGGCUUCGCUUUGGGCAGCCAAGGACUCUGAGAAAAAAGGUUUGGAGCUCUGUGAGGACCAGGACUGUCAGGAUGGGGAUGACUCGCCCUCUUUUGUUAAGGAGGUUAACAGCUCUGAGACAUCCGCCAUGAGCUUCAGCGGCCCCUACAUCCUGUGUCAGAGCACAUCAGAAACAAGCCAGGGGUCAGGAGAGGGCACCUUGCUGGGCAGUUCUGUGCCUUCCUCUCCUGAGGAGUUUGCCCUUUCCAUUUCUGGAUCCAGUGAAGGUUACGUGUGUAUGCCCAGCGGGAGCUUCUCCUGGUCCACAGAGGAUCUCAUAUCUCGCAGUCACAGCAACAGAGCCACAGACGAGAUGGCCGACAGCAGUGCCAGCCAAGAUCCAAAGCUCACAGAGCAGAGCGAAAAGCAGGACAUUCAGCCUGAUCCUAGCGGCUCCACCCCAGCUGACAAGCCCCCGGCUUACACACCAGCACCUUUAGCCGCCUGGCCACAGGGGGGCGCCCCACACAACUCUGGCUAUUGCGUUCUCCCCUGAGCUGUAGGAUAAGCAGCAAAUUUGAGCAUACAACAUAUCAUUAAAUAAACAGUGUUUUUUUGUUUUGUUUUCAUGAGCUCUCUCUUUAUAGGGGACAAUGAAUGGAUUGCGAAACAUUAGAUAUAUAUUCUCCCAAUUUUUUUUUUUUUUUUUUUUUACCUGUUGUUGUUGAGUGACAACAAAUUCUGUGUCUAACCAGUGGAGGGCAGCAGUGAGCUGGGACUGUGUAUGCUUUGGGCCUCUGCCUGUCACUCACAGAGCACUUUUCUCUGGAUUUAUUUCAAAGGCAUGGAUUGUAGUAGGACACAGCUGCUCUCUUUCUUCAUUUGCUCUCUUGAUUCAUGUCACCUCUGGGAGGUCAUGGCAGAGGAACAUUUGAUUUUUCCUGGCAGGGCAUUAUCUUAAAGCCAUGAGUAAUCAUGGACGGACAAUUUAGAUGCAGAGUUUUAAAAUGAUAAUAAUGGAGUGUGCGUGUGUGUGUGUGUGUGUGUGUGUGUGUGUGUCUGUGUGUGUGUGUGUGUGCAUUCUUUAGCAAGCACUUAAAGGCUUUUACAGAGGAUGUAUCUAACCAGAAACUAUUAUGGACUAUUUUUGAAAUCGAUUUUGUGCUGGUUUAUCACAUCCUCUAGCUCCGUGUCUUUCCUACAGGUGAAGCAGGAGCCAGAACUGUAUCAUCUGUUUUCCAGUGCUACAAACAACAAACUCAUGUAAGAAUGUAUGUAACAAAAAGCUGUGUGAGCUUGACCUGUCACUGUCACUAUUGAAUAAAGCAGAAAUGCCACAGAAUAAUAACAAUAAUAAAAAUAAUAAAAAUCCCAAAUGGGCAACAACAAUAAAAAGGUAAAACAACCACAUGACCCUAACCCUAACAAACAAACAAACAAACAAUCAACAAAUAAAUUUAAAAAAAAUACCUUUAUUAACCACUAGAGAAAUGAAACUAAAAUUCUGGGUUGAGAGGGUGACAAGAGUCAUACUGAACUGUGUAAUGUUACAUUUAAUAUUUUCCUGUAUUGCGAUAAUUUAAUUAAAUUCAUGAAUUUGGCAUUGUUUAGCAAUGCCAAAUAAUGACAAGCUGGAUUCCCAUCAUCCCCCUCCACGGCUUGGGGCCUGCGAGUGUGUGUCAUCAGCCCCCAAGAUGUUUUGGAGGGAAAGGGGAAAAAACAAAAACUUGAAAUUAAAAUAUUUGAUUUUUAUAUUAAACUAUUUGCACCCAAUUACUAUAAAAAAAAAGUGUAAUAAGAAAAAAAAUAAAAGGUUUCGAUGAUAAAUUGAUGAAUUAAUAAGUGAAUUAUCAUCAGUUAAUUAGAGCCAGCACUACAAACCAUCCAUCGGUCUAUCAGCCAAACUAUCCAUCAGUGAAUGUAUUUUUGUUGCACUUCUCUUUUCUGGUUUAUGUAAUUUUACAUUAUGUGUUAUUUUUAUGUGCCAUUAUAUGCAAUUUCUCAUUAACUGGUGGGCUACAAAAUGCUGGAUUUAAAAUAAUAAAUC